AUGAUGAUCAACUUUGUUCCAUAUAUUGCCCCCACACUCAGCAUUCUGCACUCGCUCCACACCCGGCAACAAACCUCGUUUCCUCAGAUGAACAAGCUCCGAAGGAGCUUGUCCGUAAGGCUCCUAAACAGACUUGGCUGGAGAGCAUUCCCUAAAGAACCGAUUCAUCCCGCACUCUGCGACCGCUACUGCGAAGAAGCGCUCCUUCCCUAUCUGAGCGUCGGGGAAGAUUUCAUCUUCCUGAGAAGGAACCUGGUGCUUCCUCAGAGGACUUUUUCAAAGGCCUUCCCUGAACACGUCAACUCUGCUGCAAGAAGCCCGGCGGCCCGGCCGGGCACGUGCGCCGGGGCCGGGCGGCUGGAGAGCGCGGCGCGCAGGCGCCUGGCGGCCAACGCGCGCGAGCGCCGCCGCAUGCAGGGGCUCAACACCGCCUUCGACCGCCUGCGCAGGGUGGUGCCCCAGUGGGGCCAGGAUAAAAAGCUGUCCAAGUACGAGACCCUGCAGAUGGCGCUGAGCUACAUCAUGGCCCUGACCCGCAUCCUGGCCGAGGCCGAGCGAUUCGGCUCAGAGCGGGACUGGGUUAAUCUCCACUGUGAGCACUUCGGCCGAGACCACUACCUCCCGUUCACCGGUGCGAAGCUGCCUGGCGAGGGCGAGCCCUACGGCCAGAGGCUCUUCGGCUUCCAGCCCGAGCCCUUCCAGAUGGCCAGUUAGGGCGCCCAGCGAUUCUCCCCUAAGCAGCUUCAGGGGAUCUUGGGGGCCUAGGAGUGUAAGGAUGCGUUCGUCGAGUAAAAUUAGUGAACUUUCACGUUACUUUUAUCUGCAUCGUCAGACCUAAGGAUGUAACAACUUUAUUGCCUUUCUUCCCACCUUCUCUGUAUUUUGUAGAUUUUAUUAAUGGAUCUUGUUCAGAUUGCUGUGCCCUGAUAGUGCCCAUCUCCUUUCCCCUUUCUCUGGACUACUUGGAAGGAAAACAAUCUUUUAAAAAAUAGGAUUAGGCUAUACUGUAGUUUCAGUCCGCAGAAAAAUCACUUUCUCAAACUUUGUAAGUUUGUCCUAUCCGGGUGAAGUCAGUAUCCACCACUUGCGAAUGCUCAAGGCAGAGCUACCUCCCUGCAGUGUAAAUGCCUUUGUGCGUUGUGUGUGCAUGCAUGAAAUAGACUUUUUUUCCCCUUUGUAGC